UUCCUUUAUGCAUGCAUUGUGGUGGAGUUUUAAGAGUUAUGAAAUAUGAAAUUUAGGAAGUUGUUGUGACUUUGGGGCCAGUAAUAUAGUUUUCAUUGAUUGUGUGUUAUUUUGUGAAGAAUUCUGAAUAGUCCCCCCCUUGGCUUAUAGACCUGUUUGUAGUGUUUUCCCUUCCAAUAUCUAUUUUCCAUUGAGGGUGUAUUUAUUAGUUUUUUUGCUGGUUUUCCUGAGCUUUCUCUGUGCAUGGUAUUGACCAUUCCUUGUAUAUUUCGUCCCUCAUAUAUACGCCAAGGUAUGCUUUUUGUUACUAAAAAAAUGAAGAAUUUUAUAGAUGCUUACCACCCCCCCCCUAAAAAAUAAAAUGGAUCAGUAAUAUAUGGCUCCCAACAAGUGCUAUUGUUGUGGUUAGCUUUGUAUGUUGAUUCUUUUAUUGACAAAAUCUGUUACUAAUGAGAAAUGUAGAAGUAGAUUUAUGAAUGCACUGUAGAAAUAAAAUAAUUAUGCAUUAGACCUUCCCUUUCAUUAGUUUACCCCUAGGAAUGUAGCAUUCUCCCCGUACAUAAUUUAUAUAUCUGAUAAUAUUCACUAUUUGUGCUUGGAUUUAUUUGUAAAUUCAAUAGUCAAUAUAUUCAGACUAAUAACUCCAGAGAGUUAUUUUGUUUUGUGUUUUAUCCCUGUGUUCUUUUGGUGCAUGCUCCCUUUAUCCGUUGGUUUUAUAAAGACCAUGCAAGUUAUCCAAAUAGUAAUCGUCGUGAUUUCUAUGUCAUUACUGAUGGAGGUGAUGAGAUAAUUGCUGCCCAAGUAGAGCACCAAGGAACCGAUCAUGCAAUUUACCAAGUCUGUUAUGAUCCUUUUGAUGAGUUUGUUACGUUGUGGAUCUGUACUUGUGCUGGUCAAAUUGCUCUGCUCUAUUUGUGUCUUUAGGGACUGAUCUUGGUGUAUUUUGGUAAAGAACUUUUACCCAAUUAGUUGCUAUAAUAGUUUAAUGUCUGUGAUGCUUCUUGUGCAGAGAGUGAUUUAUGCGUGUAGUUGUGUAUUUAUUGGUGGUGGAGGUGGUCCAUCGACUGGUGGAUGUUAUGGACAAAUUGUGGAUUUGGAUAAGCUGAAGGAUUUUCAUCGCCGAAGAUUGCAAGUUCUUGUGGAAGCAGGUCCAGAUUUGCUUGCCUUUGAGGCCAUUCCAAAUAAACUAGAAGCUCAGAGCUUUACUCUCUCGCUUGAUUUGGGUACCUUGGACCUGUUUCGGCCUGCACUAACCCACCUCCAUCAACAAGGUAUAAAGGAACCACUGAUUAGGCAAGCCAAAAUGGAUGUUGAUGCAUUACUGAAUGAGAAGAUGAAAACAAAGAACAAAUGCAAUCUCAAGAUCAUAAAUAUUGAGUGGGGAGCAUUUUCAACUGGUAUUCCUUUAACUCAGUUUGACAGGGACAUGGAUGCUGCGAGUAUCAAUUCUGGUGAGCAGAUAUUUGAGAAGACAAUAUCUGAUAUGUACCUUGGUGAAAUCGUAAGACGAGUGCUACUAAAGAUGGCUGAUGCAAGUGAUUUAUUUGGGGAAUCUAACAUGGAGAAAUUUUCCACUCAAUUUGUGCUCAGGCUCUUGUGAGUCCAUUCCUUCUGGAUGAGUCUGUUGAAGAGAUGGAUGAAAACUGCUUAAAUGGUCUUCAUGUGUGUACUUACUGCAGGAGAUGAACCACCAGAAUCUGAACUUGACCAUGGGUGUAAGAAUUUCAAUUAUAGUUAUGAUUGUCUUAAAGACCUUUAUCCUGAUGAAGCCAGCAGGAUUCAUCCAAAUGAUCACAGGAAGAUCAAUCAAUGCCUGAGUUUGUAUGCUGUUCUAGUGUUCUUCCUAGCAAACUUCUUCAAGGAAAGGCCAUGGAGGUUUGUACUGCUUUUUGGGUUGGUGACUGAUAAUGCCACGAUAGAUUUCUUUAAUGCCACGACCGCCCAAGUAAUCUGACAACAUUACCCUUGUUUUGUUCUAUUCAUAUCUUCCUUUUAGCCCCUCUCUCUCACCACUUUCUCUCUCUGUUUUCACUGACCUUGACUGAUCCACUUUCCCCCUCUUUAUCGUCUACACCUUUCUAUCUCUCCCCCUUGCUCUGUCGUUCACUGGAGGCCAAGUGAAAGGGGAGGAUGCGAGUCAUUCCUUUUCAUCUAUUUUGUGACCACUCCUCUAUCUGAAAUCUGGACCGAAUGUUCUCGCAGAAAGUCCAAAUCUUGCCAGCAGUGAUCUUCGAAUCACGCAAAACUGGAGUACCUAUCACUCAAGCUCUUGCAUUUAAUGUACAUGGAACCACAUGCUUGAUUUGUUGAAUAAACACGAUUUUGAGACAUAUGAUCCAGCGGAAGAUGUCACAAAUGGGUUGGGACGUUGGGUAUAUUUUGUUCAAAGUGAUGUGAUUCGUUUUACUCACAUCUUCAUACUCUCGGCGACAGAGAAUUUGGCUCAAUUUUAGAGAAAAUUUAGUAGAAUGUUAUUUGCACUGCUGCUUUCUAGUUGACCUAUGAUGCGGCAAGCAGGAGAUUUGUAUCUAGUCUAGAGAUAAAAAGAGAGGAGAUGGAAGGAAAAUGGACAUGGAGUGAUGGACGGAGGAGGUGGAUCUCGAGAUGGGUCGACAUUUUUAAGAUUUCACAGUGGGGGAGGAGAUGGAAGUGGCCAAUUGGGUUUGUCCAUGUGUCAGAGAUUCAGAGUAGAUGCUAUAGAAAA